CUGCACAGAAGGGUCUGAGGCUCGGCAACGCCUCCCCGAGUGACUGGCAUCAGGCCUGGGAUAGGGACCGCCGCUCCCGGCCCCGCUUCUCCGACAGGGCCCGAUGGCUGUGGCCACUCCGAGGGACGCGGCUCAGGGCACUGUGACCUUUCAAGAUGUGGCUGUGUACUUCUCCUGGGAGGAAUGGGGUCUCCUUGAUGAGGCUCAAAGAUGCCUAUACCGUGAUGUGAUGCUGGAGAAUUUGGCUCUUAUAACCUCCUUGGAUGUUUGUCAGCACCAGAAGCAGCACUUUGGAGAGAAAUACUUCAGAAGCAUUGUGGGCAGAACAUUGUUUGUGAAGAGCUACAAAUUUCAUGUGUCAGGGGAGACCUUUACCUGCAGAGAAGUUGGGAAAGACUUCCUGGCCAAGUUGGGAUUUGUUCAUCAACAGGCCACUCACAAUGGGGAGCAGUCAAGUAGCAUAAGCAAUUAUGGGGCUGUCAGUCACAGUGAAAAAACUCAUUACAACUGUGAAGAAUACACAAAACCAACGAGCCAAAAACACACACUUGUUCAGCAGCAGAGAGCCCUCACUACAGAAAGAUGUUACAUGUGCAGUGAAUGUGGGAAAUCCUUUAGCAAAAGCUACAGCCUCAGUGAUCAUUGGAGAGUUCACAGUGGAGAAAAGCCUUAUGAAUGUCGGGAAUGUGGGAAAUCCUUUAGGCAAAGCUCUAGCCUUAUUCAGCACCGGAGAGUUCACACUGGAGUACGACCUCAUGAAUGUGAUGAAUGUGGAAAAUUAUUUAGCAACAAGUCCAACCUGAUUAAACAUUGGAGAGUUCACACUGGAGAAAGGCCAUAUGAGUGCAGUGAAUGUGGGAAGUCCUUUAGUGACACCUCUGCACUUCGUCAACACCAGAGCGUUCACACUGGAGAGAGGCCUUAUGAGUGUAGUGUGUGUGGGAAAUUUUUUACAUAUCAUUCCAGUCUUAUAAAGCACCAGAAAGUUCACAGUGGAUCAAGGCCUUAUGAAUGUAGUGAAUGUGGGAAGUCAUUUAGCCAAAACUCUAGCCUCAUUGAACACCGUAGGGUUCAUACUGGAGAAAGACCUUAUAAAUGCAGUGACUGUGGGAAAUCCUUUAGCCAAAGCUCUGCACUCCUUCAACAUCGGAGAGUUCACACUGGAGAAAGACCCUAUGAGUGUGAUGAAUGUGGGAAAUUUUUUACCUACAGCUCCAGUCUCCAGAAACACCAGAGAGUUCACACUGGUUCAAGGCCUUACGAAUGCAGUGAAUGUGGGAAAUCCUUUACUCAGAACUCCAGCCUCAUUAAGCAUAGGGGGGUACACACUGGGGAAAGACCUUAUGAGUGCAGCGAAUGUGGGAAAUCUUUUAGCCAUAACUCUAGCCUUAUUAAACAUCAAAAAAUUCAUAGUCAAUAA